AUGACCGGACCUCCGAUGGCCUUCUUCACGUACGUUCUGUACCACGUGGACCUGCUGCUGGGAACGUUCAACUGUGCGCUGAUCUUCGCGGUUUGCCAGUGGAAGAGAUCGAGUUAUGAACUGAUUUUGGAGAGGAUGCAAUGGAUUAUGGAUUUGUCCAAAGAAGCUAAACUGCUCACCGGAGGUAAUGAUGUCGGCUGGUUAUGGGCUCGAUUCAACUGGUUACUAGCGACAUCCGGUAUCUACCUAGCUGCAGUGAUAACAAUUGAUUGGUUCUACCACCAAGACCCGAUUCAAUUGGCCUGGAAUCUUGGAGCAACCUUCGGCCCAAGCCUGGUUCAACUGCUAUCGUUGUUCCAGUACGCGUACGUGCUCGUGUUUACCCACCGGAAGUGCAAGGCCAUCAACGAGGAGUUGCGGACCAUGGCUCGGGACGUACUUCGGUCCGAGUUGGCCAGCUAUGCCGGCAGGUUUCCACCGUUGAGACAGCUUCACCAGCAGUUGCAUCGACUCGCGUUUCGAGUGCAGGGUCCGUUCGGGGUGCUGGUCAUGAUGUCCAUCGUGUCGAUACUGUCGGCGGCUUGCGUGACUUGUUUGGAAGUGUACCAGCAAAGUCGUGGCAAAGAGUUUACCGCUCAAACUGGACUGUACGUGACUUUUGGGCUACUUUGGGUGCUGUUUCAGGUGGGACGACUUUUGCUGAUUUUGUACCCAAAUUAUCUGAUGGAGAGCGAGAGGGACCAUACGGGAAUGCUGCUGCAGAACCUACCACACAUCGAGGACGCCGACUUCAACCGAGAAUUGAGUUUGUUUUCCCGGCAAAUUAUCCACCAGAAGCGACCGUAUCGGGUUUGUGAAAUCGUUGACCUGGAUAUGGAGCUGAUGGCGGGACUGUUGGGAGCCCUGACCACAUAUCUGGUGAUAUUGAUCCAAUUUGAUUCGACGCCGACCAACUGAAUUAUUUGAGCUUGUCCUUUUUUUUGUUUUAUUAUAGAGACUUUACACCAUUGUGCAUUCAUCUCUUCAAGGUGGAUAGUAGCUUGUCCUUUGCAUGCAACUUCAUGGUGACACUUUAGAGUAUUAAAAGUGUGCUAAUGUUUGAAUUGUUACCGUUUUUCCUGUCAAAAAUAUAAAUAUUUAUCA